AUGGACGACGAAAUCAACAUCUCCCCAGAAGAUCUGCAGCGCCUCUCACCCAACGAACAGCGAGAACUGCAGGUCUUCCUACAGAGCGAGCAGCAGAAGAACCAGAUCGCAAAGAACACACACUCGUUAGCCGAGAUCUGCUUCAAGAAAUGCAUCACGAGCUCGAUAACGCAGGGCAAGUUGGCCGGCAAGGAGGAGACGUGCAUGGCCAAUUGUGUCAACCGUUGGUACGAUUCCAACCUGCAGAUCCUCAAGCAUUUGGAUGCACUGAGGGCGAGUCAAUGA